AAUAGCAAAUUCCGCCUCUGAGCCGGCGGUUACGGUGGCAGAAAACAGCGCGUUUUAUGAAGGUGUUUACAGGCUAACAGAAAAUAACACAUGGGAGGAGCUGUCAGUAUUACACUCGCGGUUCCUCAAAUAACUUCAUGCAGUGAGCGGAAGAUCGGCCAUAUGAUCACAAGUUGUCAGACAGACUUCGCGCUUACUUACAGGUAGAAGCUAGGCUGCUUACAUUCCCAUUUCAAUCGCCAUAGCAUACUGGACUUCCGCAGUCCGACAGACAAUUGUGGUCUUCUUUUUAAGUAUUGUCUUUCUUGGCCUGAAAACGAAGAACAGACCUUAUCUAUCCCAGGAAGCAAUCGUACUCAACAAACAAGCAGUUAGUAAUCGCGGAUCACAUGGAAACUGAGCCUCUUUUGACGGAAAGCAUUAAUCAGGACCCUGUAGUAGAUUAUGGCUCGCAUUUUGAAGAUGGACACAAUGAGUCAUUAAACAAUGAUGCUGAUGGAAAUGAUAUCUACAUACAACAAGCCGUCAUAUUCCUUGAAGAUGCUAUACAGUAUCGCUCAAUCAACCAUCGUGUGGAUUCUCGUUCACUGCGUUUAUACAGAUGGUACUAUUCAAGACUCUGCCAGUGGGGUCUAGGUACCACCAUAGCAGUCAUCCUUGGCCUGGCCUUCUUUGAGAGGCCCUCUUCCUGGUCCUACACAUCUGAUCCACGAUAUCGGCCCCCACCUUGGGAGCCAGCCUGUGGCCUGACUGAGAGCAUAGAGAUGUUGUGCCUCUGCAUCUUUGGGUUGGAUUUUGCUGUGAAGAGUUACCUUAUCGGUUGGGAUGAGCUUCGGAAGACCAAGUGGCUUAUUGGCUACUCCUUAGCCAUUGCAGCCUCAAUCAUUGACUGGACUUUGUCACUAAGCAUGCUGUGUGAAGAGACCUUGCGGAUCCGGAGAGUUCUCCGUCCGUUCUUCCUUCUGCAAAAUUCCUCCUUGAUGAAAAAAACUUUGAAGUGCCUCAAAAGAACAAUUCCAGAAAUGGCAAGUGUGAUCCUGCUACUGGCUCUUCACCUGUGCCUUUUUACAAUGUUUGGUAUGUUGCUCUUCGCCAAAACAGAGAAUCCAAAGCACAAUGGAGAAUGGGAAACCUACUUCAGAGAUCUGCCACAGUCUCUCUCUUCGUUACUUGUGCUGCUCACUACUGCAAACAAUCCAGAUGUUAUGAUUCCAGCCUACUCUCUAAACAGAGGAUACUCCAUAUUCUUCAUUCUCUUCAGUGUAUUUGGAACAUAUUUUCUGAUGAACUUACUCACUGCCAUAAUAUACAACCAGUUUAGGGGGUACCUACUGGAGUCUGUCCAGACCUCCAUUCAUAGGAGGCGUUUGGGGAUUCAGGCCGCCUUUGUGGUCCUCUGCUGCCACGGGAACACCAAAAGACUAUCAGGAGAGCAACCUGAGGAAGUUCAAGUGUCAGCUGUGUUAGAGGUGGUGCAGCGGGUGCAGAUGAAGUCUUAUUAUAGACAGGCCAUCAUUAAGAAAAUAGCUGCUGAUAGCUGUAUGACAGGGGAGGCCUUCCAGAGAUUGUUUGAUGAGCUGGACAAGGACCAGAUAAAAGAGCAUCCUCCCAACCCAGAGUACCAGGAUCCGUUCCUACAGCGGCUGCAAAGUGUAAUCUGUCACUACUAUGUCACUGUGUUGGGCAAUGCCCUGGCUCUGGCUAAUGUUAUCUGUAUAUGUACUGUUUUAGUUCUGGACUCUGAGAAAACAGUGACAGAGCGCAAUGAUUGGUUAGAGGUCAUCAAUUGUGUAUUUAUUUUAUUUUACCUCUUGGAGAUGGUAUUAAAAAAUAUUGCUCUUGGUUGGAGAGGUUACCUGUCCUACAAAAGUAAUAUCUUUGAUGGGACGCUCACAAUUUUACUUGUGAUGCUUCAGAUUUCAAUAUUUGCCGCAUACAGGCUUCCAUUUUGUCGCGGGAAAGAAAAGCGUGGCCUCAUGACUCUGUGGGAGAUGGUUCGUCUGAUCAACAUGUUUAUUGCUUUCCGUUUUCUAAGGAUCAUUUCAGACAUAAAGUUAAUGGCCUUGGUGGCAAGUACUUUAGUUGACUUGGUGAAAAAUCUACGGGCUUUUGCAGGAAUCCUUGUGGUGGUUUACUAUGUUUAUGCUGUUCUUGGGAUUUGGCUGUUCAAGGGGGCUAUAUCUCCACCCACCAAUGACAGCACCAAUUCGUCCAUGGAAAUUGUGUCAGCAAACUUCAGCAUGUUAUGUGGUACAUAUGAACAACUGGAAUACUGGCCCAACAACUUUGAUGACUUUGCAUCAUCUCUGGUCCUGCUGUACAAUAUCAUGGUAGUGAAUAACUGGCACGUGUUCACAGAUGCCUUCACUCGAUAUACUACAGAAUGGUCAAAGGUUUAUUUUGUCUCUUGGUGGUUGAUCUCCUCUGUUAUGUGGGUUAACCUGUUUAUUGCCCUUAUACUGGAGAACUUCACCUACCGCUGGGACCGCAGCCAUGCCUUUACUGUUGUGGACGUGGAGCGGACAGCCUACCAGACCUCAGUCCAACUCAUGUUCAGAGAUCAUGUCCAGGAGCCCACUGAGGAGCAGUUGAUGGAGACUCUCCAGCAGCACCCCCACUUACAACUCACUUGGUGACACAACACACUGCUCAUGGUGAUUGGUAUCCUGGAGUUAUCUGAACUGGUCCUUAUUAAUUGGCUUUGUGGAGCUGCUCAGGGUAGAAGUGCCAGUGCAAAAUAUGAAUCUGGGUAUUGGACAUGCACAUCAGAUAACACAACCCAGUUGUCUGAUUUAAAACAUUAUUUCUUAUUAUUAUUAGUUAUUUCUGUGACAUUGGGGCAUUUUUUUAUUAAUAAAUGCUAUGUGUAGAUUCUUAUGAAUCAGGCUGGUGAUAUGAAUUGAUAUGAUACAUAUAUACUGUUUACAAAGUUUUAAACAAAGCUUUACAUGUCGCUUGUUUUGCUGAGGGAGGGAACAUGUCAUACAGUACAUUUAUCUCAAGAAUCAACACACAUGUUACAAAUUAACUGAAUUGCAUUUCGUAUAACCAAACACAUUCUUUUUUUCAUCAUCAUAUUUUUUUCUUUUCUUUUUUUGCUUUACUGAUUUCAUGGAACUAUUGUUACUUCAGCAGAGAGAGUAUAUAGACCAUUGGAGAAACAAUGAAAAUGACAUUGCAAGUGUUGUACACGGCUUUAUUAUCUGAAAAAGGGACAGUGAUAGCUACAAGUGUUAGUUUGCAAAAAAAUGUGCCAUUUAAAUGAAUUUAUAUAUUUUUUUAAUAAAUAAUUGUUUAAUUAUGAAUUUCAAUCAAACUUGAAGUUGUGUUAUUUUGAUUAGAUUUAUUUGUACUUAUUUAAAAACCAACCGACUUCAAUUUGAUUGAUAUAACCUGGAAUAUACAAUACAUUUUUGGUUUUUGCAAAUGAUCUCUUCAUGUGAUGUUUUUAAUUAUUUCUAUUAGAUUGAUUGAUUGAUUGAUUGAUAGACUUUAUUCAGUACUUUGGAAGACAAAGUUAUCAAAGAUAGCACAAAGGGGUGUGCAGAGCAGAAUCAUAAGAGGGAGAUCUAUGGUGUGGAUGGAAUAUACAAUAAAUAUUCUCUUUGUUUCUGCAAAUUAA